GUGAGAGGUUCCACGUCGUAAAUUGAUAGGACAAAGGCAUUAUUGCACUAUUAAACAUAUGUGCUGUAGCAACAGUCUGGAAAUUGGCCAGACAAAAGGUAUCAAAGGGUCCACACAUAGUCCGUCGGCCGCGGCAGGCCCCGCCAGGAACCUGGCCAGUAGGCUAUAAUGAGCUAGUUGAUGCGGUGAAUGUGCCCCGCCAAACGUUGAGGUUCAAGACGAAGCCGCUGUUCUUUCCUCGUCCUCACUUUUGACCCUUCUUAUUCCCCCUUCCCCACAGUCCCCCAUUUCUCCAUUCUCUGCUUCCCAGUCACCUACAGACGCGACCAUGGCCGACCAUGACGACCUGCACGCUGAACAGACCGAGGGCUUCAAGGUCGGCGAGAAGAAGACCAUCGACGAGUACCAGAAGCUAGACCAGAACGACGAGUCCCUCCAGAAGUGGAAAGCCUCCCUCGGCCUCGGUCAGGGCAAGGACAUCUCUGACCCUGCCGACCCUCGCAAAUGUAUCAUCCUCUCUCUCGGCCUGGAAGUCGAAGGCCGUCCCGACAUUAUCAUCGAUUUGCGGUCACCCGGUGCUCUCGAAGCUCUCAACGACAAGCCCUUUACAAUCAAGGAGGGUGCUAGCUUCCGCAUGAAGGCCCAGUUCAAGGUCCAGCACGAGAUUUUGGCAGGUUUGAAGUACCUUCAGAAGGUUACGCGCCUGGGAGUGAGCGACAAGCUACAGGAGAUGAUGGGCUCAUACGGUCCCAGCACUGAAGAGAAGCCCUUCUACGAAAAGAAGUUCGAGCCUGAGACCGCUCCUUCUGGCAUGCUCGGCCGCGGCCACUAUACGGCCGUCUCCAAGUUCGUCGACGAUGACAACCAGACGCAUCUGCAAUUCAAGUGGUCUUUCGAUAUCAAGAAGGACUGGAAAUGAGCACUCGACGAGUUGGAGCUUAAAAAGGUUAUGUUUGUGAUAUGGUCGGAUUCCACAGUGGUUCCAUCUUGGCUCGAGGUGGUGAAUAUCCAGAGAGCAGCGGCUUCUGCCAAAAUUACGAUGCCAUGGC